AUGGUCACCGCUGGGGUGGAGACAGCAGCCCGGGCGGCAGCUCUCGUAGAUCUGGUGUUCAUGUUAGCAUCCAUGCUCGGCUGGUCAUCCCGCCCCAAGCGGGAACGUAGUGAGCGACGCAAAAGCAUUGUGGCUGCUAAUGAGAUCCCCGCGAAAUUCUUGAUGACAGAGAACGCAAUGCAGACAAAGAGGGAUCACAGAUCAGGAGUGAAGCAAGGUGAAACAAAGGUAGUUCGAAACGGAUCAAGAGUGAGGAGCAGAGGUAGUGUUAUGGGAAGAGGGGGGAAGGAGAUGAGGGGAGUGAAUGAGCGCAUCUGGAGGUCAAGAGGGAUGGGAUCCUCUCGAUGGGCAGAAGCAGCGCCAGAUUACCAUCAUCCACCGCUAAGAAUGACUACGUGGGCCAGUGUUCAGGAUGAGCCAUGCACUCCGGAAAGGCACAGGACAUCCACCCCUAUCGCAUCUCUGACAGACGCCACUUGGACAUCUCCCCGCGACAUGGAGCACGAGGACGGGGCCAAUGGGAGCAUUUUGAAUGCAGAUGUUCAGGGCCGAUGGGUUUUAAGUCAAGGAAAAAAAGGCGCGGUGAAUCCAACGGUGGUGCGGUAUCUGGCGCAACCCGGACGGACCUAG